AUGGAUACAUCAACUGAAGAAAUCGUGAUGACAGCCGCCAAGUUAUACAAUAACUCUAUUAUGAGACUGGAAAGAAAGCCUAAGAAAGAUAUUGAUUUUGGUCAAGUACAUCACAUAGCUGGUGGACCUUAUAAAGGCAUCCUCGUCAAUAAAACCAGGACUUCAAUGGAUGAUGUUCGACAGUCAGACGGAAGGCUGGAGUUUAUGGCUGUCAUCCACCAGAAGCAACAGACACAAGAUGGCGACUCAACGCAGGAUUCGUGGACCAUUCGAUUCUGGUUCGUGUCACGAAAUGGUCCAGUCAAUAAAAACAACGUCAUGUCGGAAUAUUUCCGGGAUGUCAUCAACCCCAAACCAAAAAAUUACAUUGGUUUUGUAAAGAAAGCUUUAAUAGUACUGAGAGAAUAUAAAGAAAUAGAACGAGUUGAACUGGAGGUUGUGGAAUCAAAUGAAGAUGGUGAUGAAUCUUUUGGACCAAUCAAGAGUUUUAUUAGUGUUUUUACUCCCAACUCUUACACCUACCAAUUCGUACCGGAAGUGACGAUUUCGAACAAAACAUCCGUUUGUUUUGCUGUCAAAGCGUCUGAAGAUGCACAUGUAGCAUUGAGUGCAAUUUAUGGUGAUGUCGACCGCAAAACUUUUGAAAUUGCUCUUGGUUGUGAUGGGAACAUGGUAUCCUAUAUAAGAGAUGGUUCUUUGGGAAAUGCUAAAGCACAAAUCAAAACUCCAUACCUCCUAAGUGAUGAUGAACUUAAACAGUUCUGGAUCAGCUGGAAAGAUCAUCGCCUGGAAGUCGGUAAAGGCGAUCAGAUUGGAUUUGGAAGAUUCCUGAACUGGGCGAUUCCACCCAACAGACGGUUUAAUUUCAACUGUAUUUCUGUAUCAACCAGUAGAAAAUCAAAAGGCGUGUGGGAAUUUACUGAAAUUAUAGAUGAAUUUCCCGAUGAAAGUAUACCUAAAAAGAAAGAUCCAAUAAAGGAAGCGAAAAAGGCCAAAGUUAUCUCCAAAAUAUUAUGGAUAGCUAAAAAGGAGAGAAUGCUGUUAAAACUUGAAGAUGCUUAUCCUAAUAGUCUUACAGCCGAUACACUGUUCAGAUUAUGCAAAAUAGAGAAGAGUAACAUGAUACCAGCUAUGGUCGGAUUAAAAGAUUUACAGAAACGGGGAUUAAUCCGGGAAUUGGGCGAGGGGUCGUGGGUGAGAAUUCCGACGGAUGAAGAAACUGUCAAACACGAUGUGAAUAUUCUGGACGAAGUACCGAAGUUUUCUGGACGAGAGAAAAUAAACAUCGUAAUAAUAACAUCAUUAUAUUGUGAAAAACUGGCCGUGGACGCCAUGAUAGAUAACAAAAUUACUUAUUUAAUUCAUUCUAAAGAAGGCGAUAGUGAGGUGUAUACUAUAGGUAAAAUUGGUAAACAACGUGUUGUAUCGUGUAAACUAUCUCUACAUAGCGAAUCACAAGAUGAUCAAACAUUAGCUGAAGAUACCAUCAAUAAAUUACAUAAGAACUUCGGAGGCAUACAACAUGUAUUAAUGGUUGGAGUGGGCGGGGCAGUUCCUUCAUAUAGUGACUACCAGCAGCAUGUACGCCUGGGUGAUGUCGUAGUCUCGCUUGUCAAUAAUAGUAGUAAAGUGUAUAUAAACUGUUCAAAAGUCGAACACCAACCGGGACUAGGAUAUAAAUACACAACUAAAACUUUCAGCUUCACUGACCAAACUUUAAGCAGCGCGGUCAAAUCCUUACGCCAGGAAACAGAAACUUUCAAAAGUCGUUCUCCAUUAUGGAUAUCUAUAAUGGAAGAAUCGCUGGACACUUUAAAAGGACAAGAAUCAAAUUUUCACAGACCGUCGAUUCGAACGGAUCGGUUAUAUUAUACUAAACCAGACGGAACUAUUAUCGAAUGCGACCAUCCUCGCCCAGAAGACGUGCACUACACAGAUGGAAAUACGCGCGUUUUGUAUGGGUUAGUGGCCGGAAGUAAACUUGUCUCUAAAGCAAACGAUCUGCGAUUGGAUUUCGCCAAGCAAUUCAACAUUAAGUGUUAUGAUUCCGGAUAUUCGACCAUUUUUGAUAGUCUGGAGCAAAACAACGUCAACAGUGUACUGGUUGUUCGAGGUAUGAGCGAUUAUCAAGACGGACACAACAAGGAAUGGCAGUGCUAUGCUUCCUUAGCUGCAGCAAGUUAUAUGAAAGCCUUGCUUAUAUCGAUGUAG